AUGUUUGAUUAAAUAUAUUAACUUGCUUUUAAAUUAGAAAAAGAACAUUACAUAUAAAUAAUUUUCCAAUUGUAUUCGUCUUAUACGAUUACAUAUACUUGCUGAAAUAUUGUACACAAAAUUUUAUUUAUAUUUUCAAUCAGCUAGAAACUGGACUUAAGAAUCUCUUCUACAUUUUGACGAGAUAUCUAAAUGGAGAAAAUUUAUGCACCUGACGCGCAUUUUUUCUCAGAAUGAAAUAUUGUAUAAAUAUUCCAUAAAUAAUAUCGUUGUACGCUUAUGUUCAAUAAAUUAAACAACGAUGAAUAAGAUGCCACGAUAUCCAUCAGAUUGUAAAGUCUAUGUAGGAGAUUUAGGAAGUAGUGCUACAAAAGAAGAAUUGGAAGAUGCUUUCUCUUAUUAUGGAUCUUUAAGAAAUGUGUGGGUAGCUAGAAAUCCUCCUGGAUUUGCUUUUGUUGAAUUUGAAGAUGCUAGAGAUGCAGAAGAUGCAAUAAGAGGACUUGAUGGAAGAAUUAUAUGUGGAAGACGAGCCCGUGUAGAACCAUCCAAUGGUAGAAGAUUGAGAGACAGAGGAUAUUUCAGAAGAGGUAUUGGAAGAUUAUUUCAUCCAGAAGAUAGAUGUUACGAAUGUGGCGAAAAAGGUCACUAUGCUAGAAAUUGUCAACGUCUUAGAAAUAUUCGUAAAAAGAGAUCUUACUCCAGGUCUUAUUCACGGUCAAAAUCACAAUCAAGAUCACGGUCUCGUUCACGUUCUCGGUCAAGAUCAAGAAGUAAGCAUUCAAGAUCUUCGUCCCGUAGCCGUUCUCAUAGUAGAAGCGGCUAUGUCAAAGAAAAACGUCGUAAUAAACGGAAAUCUGAUUCCAAAGAUAAUAGUCCGCGCAGAAGUAGAUCUAAAUCUGUUUCUAGAUCUCGCAGCAAAUAAGACGGAAAGAUGUAUUUCUUUUCAAAGUUAGAAUUUUCUAUAAAAAAUAUUGUGUUCAGUAUAAAAACAAUUAUAACAUUCCAAUUAUCGAAUCUAACAGUAUUUUUUAUCUUGAUAAUUGUACAUAUAUUCAAGAAUUCGUAACUUUCAAAUGUAAUAUAUGUAUGUACAUCACUUCAAUAACUAAACGAAUUAUGCGGUGUAUGUGUAUAAGGGUAUGUUACAUACGCAAGGAAUGCUUGAAUUCCUAAGAACCAACACCUAUAUGUUACGUCGGAUCGUAGAGAGGUAAGGAGGAUUAAGAAGUGGGGUAAAGAGAUACAGUCAAGGGAUCGGCGAAAAAAAGAAAAGAAUACCUAGUGAUGUAUGUAAUUUCUUGUUCAUACGAUCUUUCGUGACAAAUUGAGAAGCAUUGUAAGUUACUUAGAAUAUUUUUAUAAGCAUUAUUAUACAUGAAAUACGUUAAAGAAGCCAUAUCUUUCUUCUCGAA